AUGUUAGUCCCGGAGACCUUGCUUCUCCUCCUGGGCUCUCUCAUACCGGCCCAGGCCCUGAAGUAUGAUCCGGACUACGCGGAUUGGAACUUGAACACAAACCAGAACGCAAAAGAGCCUUUGGACUACUCAGGGAAAUGGACCGAUCACAAAUUCAACCCCUCUCCCAAGAACUGGAGGUUCCCGUUCUACACACUCUUCCUGGACAAGUACGCCAACGGCGAUCCCACCAACGACAAUGCCAACAACACGGUCUUCGAGACGGAGACCAUGGGGACGCAGCUCCGGUUCGGCGGCGACAUACAAGGCUUGGUCGACAGUCUCGAUUACAUCCAAGGCAUGGGAGUCAAAGGUCUCUACGUAGCCGGCUCACCUUUCAUCAACCAGCCCUACGCUGCUGAUUCAUAUUCGCCGCUCGACCACACCCUACUGGACCUUCACUUUGGCAACAUCACAACUUGGCGCAAUGCUGUUGAUGAAAUCCACCGCCGCGGCAUGUACAUAUUGCUUGACAACACUGUCGCGACCAUGGGCGAUCUCAUCGGUUUCACAGGUUACCUGAACAAAUCAGCCCCAUACGUUCCUGACCACGAGCACACGGCGCUCUGGAAGACCUCCAGGCGUUACCACGACUUUACCUUCGGAACAACGUUCAACGACACUUGCGAGCACUUUCCCAGACUGUACUGGGACAAUGGUUCCGAGGUCGGAUCAGCGGUGUAUGACAGCUUCGGUGGCUGUUACAAUGGCGACUUUGACCAGUUUGGUGACACCGAAGCUUUCGGUGUUUACCCUGAUUACCGUCGACAACUUACCAAGUUCGCUUCCGUCCAGGAUCGUCUGCGAGAGUGGGUCCCUGAUGUGCUGGAGCGGAUCUCGCUCUUCUCGUGCCUGACCAUCCAAAUGCUGGACAUCGACGGCUUCCGUUAUGACAAGGCAACUCAAGUUACGGUCGACGCCGAGGGCAAGUUCUCGGCAAACCUCCGCAAGUGCGCCAAGGAAGUUGGCAAGGACAACUUCUUCCUGCCUGGCGAAAUCACUGGUGGUGAUACCUUUGGUGCCAUCUACAUUGGCCGCGGCCGUGCGCCUGAGCAAUACAUCGACAACGAGGAGAAGGCUGUCAACCUGACAAAUGUCACCGCGGCUGAUAUGGACAUCUUCAUUCGGGACGAAGGCCAGCAGGCCAUUGACAGCGCGGCCUUUCACUACUCCAUCUAUCGUAAUCUGCUACGAUUCUUGGGUAUGGAUGGUGGCAUGGAGGCUGCGUACGAUCUUCCUAAGAACUGGGUUGCAGCUUGGAACAGGAUGCUGCAGACGAACGACUUUAUCAACGCUGAGACUGGCGUUGUGGACCCUCGGCACAUGUACGGAGUGGUGAACCAGGAUGUCUUCAGAUGGCCUGCCAUCACCCUCGGUGUCGAGCGCAACCUCCUGGGCCUGUUCAUCACCACUCUGCACAUGCCCGGCAUUCCGCUGCUUCUGUGGGGAGAGGAGCAGGCACAUUACGUGCUUGACAACACGGCGUCCAACUACAUGUUCGGAAGGCAGCCCAUUGCGCCAGCCCCGGCCUGGCACGCACACGGAUGUUACACUCUCCCCGGUGAGCUGUACUUCCACAUGCCGCUCAACAAGACCUUGCACGGAUGCGAGGACCCAACAGUAGCAUGGGACCACAGAGAUCCGACCCAUCCCGUCCGAAACGUCAUCAAGCACAUGUACUAUCUCCGCGACCAGUUCCCGGUACUGACAGAUGGCUUCUAUUUGGAGCAGCUGUCCAACCAUACCGAGUGGAUCUACUUGCCUGGAAGUUCCGGCAUUGGCACAGAGCAAGGUCUGUGGUCUACCACGCGGUCCUCCUAUCUUGGUAUACAGGACAUGGACACAGAAACACCGGUGUGGCUCCUCUAUCACAACCGCAACGCCUCAUACACAUACACAUUUGACUGUACCGACAGCGAUAAAGCUCUGAUUUCUCCAUUCGAUUCGGGAACUACAGUGAAGAAUCUGUUCUUCCCUCAUCAUUCCAUGGAUCUCAAGGACUCGCCCAAGAAGCUUACAAUCAACGGCUCGACAGAGUACAAUGGUUGCGUUGACUCUAUCACUCUCGAUGCAUUUGAGUACCGCGCAUACGUGCCAGAAAAGCAAUGGGUCCCCCCACCGCCUAUGCUCACCAAGUUCAAGCCCGGUCAUGAUUACAGGAUUCAAUCGACAGAGGAGAGCAACACUGUCCUCGUUGAGAUCCACGCCAACGUCCUCAUGGAUUGCGACUCGUUCACCCAAGCCAUUAACUUCACUUCAAUCACGGAAUCGGAUCUCACGCCAUCGAUUGACACCUCUACGGUCAAGUGUGGAAAUGUGACAACCGCUGAGCAGCCUGAUUACGUGGGUGUCUUGGAGUCUGCAUGGGGAUGGUCUGCCAACGUCACCGGCUUGGCCCCUGGAAUUCACCAGCUCAUUGUCAACAACGCCACGACUGCUGAUCUCGGAUCCUACACUGACUCCACGGACCGCUUUCUCCUCCGAAUCGGCGGGCCGGACAACCCUAUCAUCUUCCCCCAGUCGUCCAACUACUCAUCAACUCUUGCGAGCAAGAAUGCGGACGGAAGCCUCACUCUCAGGCACACCGCUCCAGGUGCCAGCUGGUUCCGCUACUCGACCAACUGGGGCUCAACAUACAGCAACUGGACAAAGUAUGAGCCGACCACCAUUGUCGACAUGCUGCCGUGGGAAGGCACCAAGGACCAGGAGUGGGAGGGCGAGCACGUCGUUGUGCAAUACCACAGCAAGCUCCUCGGCAGCAGCUCCUACGAGCAGCGAGGUGAUGUUGACUACGAUGGACCCAUGCGACGAUUCCCGCAUAUCUGGUCUUCUGGCCCGUUCAACCAGUACGGUUAUGAUUCUGGUGCGAAGAAUCAAUUCAAGCAUUUCGCCGAGUCGAUGUGGCAGUGGCAUUACAUGGACGAGUGGCCAGCGACGGUCCAGCUCAGCGUCUGGGGGAUGAACCCCGACAAGAAACCCGACCAGUCGUUCGUGUAUGGUGACAUUGACGCCGACGGUGUCCUCGACCGCCUCCCACCCUCUUCUCUCUUGGAGAGCAACAUCAACAUCACCUCGGCGCCGGCUAAGCCACACCUGGCCUACAGAAUGGUGGUUCAAGACUCCACCCUGAAGUACGGCCUGGUGCCCGUGGGCAACAUGUGGCAGCAGCUGGUCUUGUACAUUCUGCUCUGGAUUGUGCCUGUCAUCCUCGGUUUCGCGGCAGUGCAGGCUUUCAAGCGCUCUUUCUACAAGAUCAAGUUCAACGAGGUCGGUGUUGCCAAGGCCACCGGGUUCACCCUGCUUGUUUCCAAGGCCAAGGACACAAUCGCCAGUUUCAGCGGCAAGGACGAGAAGGAUGCCAGCGCCCUGAUCGCAGCCGCCGCAACGGGAGACGCAAAGCGCAAGCGCGUCCUCAUUGCCACCAUGGAGUACAACAUCGACGACUGGGGCGUUAAGAUCAAGAUCGGCGGUCUGGGUGUGAUGGCCCAGCUGAUGGGUACAGCGUUGAAGCACCAGGACCUCAUCUGGGUUGUGCCGUGCGUCGGAGGUAUCGACUACCCAAUCGAUACCCCCGCGGAGCCGAUGUUCGUCAAGAUCAUGGGCCAGUUCUAUGAGAUCCAGGUGCAAUACCACAAGGUCGACAACAUUACCUACGUGCUUCUCGAUGCGCCGGUGUUCAGGAGGCAGACCAAGGCAGAGCCAUAUCCCCCACGUAUGGAUGAUAUGGAGAGUGCUAUCUACUAUUCCGCCUGGAACCAAUGUAUUGCCGAGACCGUCAACCGCUUCCCCGUCGACAUGUACCAUAUCAACGAUUACCACGGUGCUUGUGCUCCGCUAUACCUCCUGCCUCGCGUCAUCCCUGUGGCUCUUUCUCUCCAUAAUGCGGAAUUCCAGGGAAUGUGGCCUAUGCGAACGCCUGAGGAAAGCAAGGAGGUCUGCGAGGUCUACAACUUGUCGGAGGACAUCGUCAAGGAAUACGUUCAGUUCGGUUCAGUCUUCAACUUGCUCCAUGCCGGUGCCAGUUAUCUGCGAAUUCACCAACAGGGAUUCGGUGCAGUGGGAGUGUCCAAGAAGUAUGGUGACCGUUCUUUCGCGCGUUACCCUAUCUUCUGGGGCCUCAAGAAGGUUGGACAGCUGCCGAACCCGGACCCAACUGACACCGCCGAAUGGAGCAAGGACACCGCACUCACCACCGAUGCUCCUACCAUCGACCAGGAAUUCGAGGCAGGCAGGGCAGACCUCAAGCGCCAGGCUCAGGAAUGGGCCGGUCUCGAGCAAAACCCUGAAGCCGAACUGUUCGUUUUCGUGGGACGUUGGUCUCUGCAGAAGGGUGUGGACCUCAUCGCUGAUAUCUUCCCCUGGGUUCUGGAGACAUAUCCCCAGACCCAGCUUAUUUGCAUUGGUCCCAUGAUUGAUCUCUACGGUAAAUUCGCAGCUUUGAAGCUGGCCAAGCUGAUGGAAAAGUACCCCGGUCGUGUUUACAGCAAGCCCGAAUUCACGGCGCUUCCCCCUUACAUCUUCAGUGGUGCAGAGUUCGCCCUGAUCCCCUCCCGAGACGAGCCCUUCGGUCUUGUUGCCGUCGAGUUCGGUCGUAAGGGAGCCCUGGGUGUCGGUGCCAGAGUCGGUGGACUUGGACAAAUGCCCGGUUGGUGGUACACGGUGGAGAGUACCAAGGCAUCGCAUCUGUUGCACCAGUUCAAGAACGCCAUCGUGGCAGCACUGAAGACCGACACGCAGACUCGGGCAACGAUGCGCGCCUACUCCGCCAAGCAGCGAUUCCCCGUUGCCGAGUGGCUCGAGAAGCUCGAGAAACUGCAGCAGAACGUCAUCAGGAUCUCCGAAAAGACUGCCAAGAAGUCCAGCAAGAAGAAGUUCCUGUCCAGCACGAUGAACCUUCUGAACCCGAGCAGGGAAGCGCUGAACACCGAGAUCCAGCUGCAAGACCGCACGCCAGCCUGGAUGACACAGGUUGCAGACCACGACGAUGAUGCCUCCACCAUGAACAACCAAUCUCGCCUCACAACGGCCCUGAACACCCCGAUGCAGUCUCGCCCUGUGUCGCCUGGUGGCUACGAAUCCGCCAUGAGCUCGCGUUCUGGGACACCGUUGCCUUGGAACCCUGGCCACGGCCGCAUGGAAUCUGAAUCACCAAGCGUUCUAUCCUUCUCCCGACCAUUCGCACUAGGCAUGCAGAACAAUGCCAGUCGGGCUUCCAUGCUCAGUGUCGACGAGGUCGUCGGUGAGCGACAUGACUACAAGCUCCAGCAGACAGAUCCCUUCUUCACGGACUCCAGAGGCGAGUUCUACACGGACUUCGAGAAGAAGCUGAGCUCCCUCGACGCGAGCAACUCCAUCUCGGACCUGUGUAUCGAGGACUACCUGAUCAAGUCCGAGAAGGAGUGGUUCACGGAGUUCCGUGACGUGCGAUUAGGUCGUGGCCGGGCCCGCGAUUCUUCAGCGUCGCGGCCUGGGUCUCGCGCCUCGUCCCGCAACGCGUCCCGUAACCGCUCUCGGUCGCAGCUACGGUUGUCUCUCGGACACGAGCGCCGACCCUCCCGCCUGAUGAAUGCGACCCCUGCGGGCAGUGACGCGGGUACACCUAGCGAAGACGACGACUAUGAGCGACAAUUCGAGCUGCCCCAGGACUACAAGCCCCCCAACGGGUUGCAGAAGUACCUCCAGUACCAGUUUGGUGACUGGCCCAUCUACGCCAUUCUCCUCUCCGUCAGCCAGGUCAUCGCCACCAACUCCUACCAGAUCACCCUCUUGACGGGCACCGUUGGACAAACGGCGACCAAGCUCUAUGUUGUCGCAUCCAUCUACCUGGGAUCCACCAUUGUUUGGUAUACCCUGUCCCGAACUCUCAGCCUCGUCUACUCAACCGCGAUACCCUUCUACUUCUACGGUAUCGCAUUCAUUAUCCUCGGCUUCUCCCCAUUUGCCACAGAUGAAGAUGUGCAAGGAUGGGUGCAAAACGUCGCGACGGGCUUUUACGCCUUUGCUGCGUCGUCCGGUGGCAUCUCCUUUGCCUUCAACUUCGGUACCGACGGUGGUUCUACCGUGUCCACCUGGAUCAUGCGUUUGGCAAUCAUCCAGGGCGUGUCCCAAAUCUACACGGUGGCCCUCUGGGCAUGGGGCAGCUCCAUCAGCGACGCGGUAGCCGACGGCGAGACGGGUGCCUACUCCCUCGCCAACUCUCCCUGGAUGCUCGCAGUGUGUCUCCCCGCCGCCCUCGUCCUCUGGGCCAUCGGCACUGUCCUCUUCCUGGGCCUGCCCGAGUUCUACCGCGAGACGCCCGGCCCCGUGCCGCAGCUGUGGAAGACGCUGCUCAAGCGCAAGACCAUCGCGUGGUAUCUGCUCGCCGUCAUCAUCCAGAACUACUUCCUCUCGUCCCUCUAUGGUCGCAACUGGUUCUUCCUGUUCUCGUCGGCGGUCCUGCCCACCUGGUCCGUCAUCCUGCUCGCGCUGUUCUUCUUUAUCAUCUUGUGGUGCGCGGUUCUCUUUGGCCUCGCCAAGGUGUCCCAAUCGCACCCCUGGCUGUUCCCUAUGUUCGCCGUUGGUCUCGGCGCCCCCCGCUGGGCGCAGAUGUUCUGGGGCUGCUCGCGCAUCGGCCUCUGGCUCCCCUGGGCCGGCGGCGCCGUCGCCAGCGCCGUGCUGAGCCGCCUCGUGUGGCUGUGGCUCGGCCUGCUCGACUCGGUCCAGGGCGCCGGCAUCGGCAUGAUCCUCAUGCUGACUCUCACGAGAGUCCACGUCGCCGCCGCCGUCAUCGCCGCGCAGGUGCUGGGGUCCCUGGCCACCAUCGCCGGCCGCGCCACGGCGCCCGACAACCUGGGCCCCGGCCCGGUCUUCCCCGACCUCUCCGAGGGCGCCGGGCACGUGCUCGGCAGCGCCUGGUUCUGGGUUGUGCUCCUGCUCAACCUGGGUAUUUGUGUUGGGUAUUUCAAGUUCUUCCGCAAGGAGCAGGUUAGCAAGCCGUAA